AUGUUUGGUCUCAUUCCAUUUCUAUUUACUGCGCUCGCCAGUGCAUACCCCAAUCGGGGCCCUUGCACAGGCGACUGCUGGGCCCAUGACCCUGCUAUGAUCCAGCGUGUGUCUGAUGGGAAAUACUACCGCUUUUCCACAGGCACUGGUGUCAGAAUCCAUAGCUCACCGUCGGUGAAGGGUCCAUGGGCGGAUAUUGGCUCUGCGUUGCCAGAGGGGUCUAAGAUCCAUCUUGAUGGUGUGGACAGCAAGAAUAUCUGGGCUCCCGAUGUCCACUACCAGAACGACCAGUACUAUAUGUACUACGUCCUGUCGAAGAUCGGCACCAGGAACUCACAGAUCGGUGUUGCAACAUCCAAGAAUAUGGAACCCGGUACCUGGACAGACCACGGCAGUGUUGGUCUCCCUCCAAACGACAACUACAACCGUAUCGAUCCCGCCUGGAUUAGCAUCGGAAACAAAAACUAUAUGAACUUUGGCUCUUUCUGGGGUGAUAUCUUCCAAGUCCAGAUGGAGACUCCUUUGAAAGUCGGCGGCGCAACUCCCUACCAAAUUUCCUGGAACGCUACCCUCAACCACCGCGAGGAGGGCGCGUACGAGUUCAAGCACGGCGAUUAUUACUACCUCCUCUAUUCUGCUGGUAUUGCUGGCAAGUACACAAAGACAUUCCCAGCUAAGGGUGCCGAGUACCACAUUCGUGUUUGCCGAUCCAAGACCGGUCUUGGUGAUUUUGUUGAUGCCGACGGAAAGUCUUGCAAGGAGACCGGCGGCACCAUGCUCCUCUCCAGUCACGGUCAGGUCUUUGGACCCGGCGGGCCUGGUGUUGUUCAUGACAAGGAUCUUGGUGUGGUCAUGUACUACCACUAUUACCCGCUCGCCAUCAAGGAGAGCACCACGGUCUCGAAUAACGCGAACUACAGGUACGCAUGGAACGUCCUUGGCUGGAAGGAUGGCUGGCCUUUCGUGAAGGCCACUUAA